GACCGUAACGGUGCCCACAACGAAGCGGAACCGCUUUGCGUCCUGGAUUUUUACAUCCACGAAUCGGUGCAACGCCACGGUUACGGCCGGCAGCUCUUCCAACACAUGCUGCAGAGCGAGAGGGUGGAUCCCUGGCGUUUGGCCGUCGACCGCCCCUCCGAGAAGCUCUUGGCUUUUCUCCGCAAACACUACGGCCUCAGCGAUGCCAUCCCACAGGUGGGGGACAUCCGGGACACCCCUGAGCUGGCCCCCUCACCCUCCUUGGGUGCCCCCCACCCUCCCUGGGGUGCCCCACACCCUCCUGGGGUGGCCUCGACCACCUCCUGGGGUGGCCCCUUCCGGCUGUUUGUUGCCGGUUUUGGCUCCGAGGAGGG